AUGCAAGAAGUUCGAGACACGGCUAUUGUCCAUACGCAAGAGAAACGGAAAGCCGGUGCCGUUCUAGUGGACAAGCUGGGCUCGCAAACGAAAUUCUUCCAGUGCGAUGUGACGCAGACCGAGACUGUCACAGAAGCAGUCAAUGGUGCUGCACAAUGGAGUGCGUCAACCAAGAUGCCGCUUGGCGGUGUCGUUGCCGCUGCGGGUGUAGGCGGCCCUGCCACUAUCCUAGACAGACAUGGUGCCCCUUUCGACCUCAACUUGGUCGAUUGGGUGCUGAACGUUAACCUUCGAGGCACUAUUGAUCUAGUACGGCAGUCGGUAGCGCAACUGGCCAAGCUUGAGCCGAUUGAACCUGAUGGAGAGCGUGGAAUCGUCAUCAUGGUUGCCUCAUCAGCCGCUUUUGACGGUCAGAAGGGACAGGUGUCGUACGCGGCCUCUAAGGGCGCAAUCACGGCAAUGACACUACUCAUGACCCGGGAUCUCGCCCGAUUUGGUAUUUGGGUUGCUACUAUUGCUCCUUCGCUUUUUGAUAGCGCCAUGACAUUGCGCAUGAGUGGCAAAGUUCGGAUAAGCUCGGAGUCUGCCAUGGAGCUCCCCAAGCGAGCAGGACAGCCAGACGAGUUUGCAACACUCGCCGUACAGCUGAUUGAGAACAUUAUGCUCAACGGGACGGUGAUCAGACUCGAUGGCGGGAUGAGAAUGCCGAGCAAAAUGUAA